UUCAGUAUGGAGCCCAAAUCGCUGCUGACAUUUUGUCUGGCCAUCGUCGGGGCAACGUUGAUGACCAUGUCGCUGGCCAACGGCACGGCUAACUGCAAAAUCAAGUGGUUGUUCGGCAUCCCGUGCGAAGACGUCUACGGAACGUUGGUGGAGCAAAUCAAGGCCUGGCAGAUCCAACAAAGCUGCCUCGACGCAGGAGAGAGAUGCUCUUACGAACUGGUUUCGACUUCUCCGUACCUGAUCCUGGCCACGCACACGUCUCCGAAAACCAAGAUCGUCAACGACCUGCAAUUUCUACUGGAGCAGUCCACCGUUUGUAAAGUCACCGGAGAAGGAAUAUCGGAGGCCUCCAAAGAUCCAGCAGAUAACAGCACUAACUUCUGCAGCCUCCAGAACCUGAUGGACGGAAGCAACCUGAUUGAAGCGGAAGGUUACAAACGCUUCACCAACAAAUGGAUUUGUGCUGGCUUUGAGAACGCCAAUUGCACCUUGUCAUCAACAAAGCAGGAAAAUUGACCCAUAAGAAGAGAGCAUUUUCUUUUUCUUGCAUCCUUUUACAAAUAAUUACCAAAAAUCUUGAUAACUUCCAUUUAUGGCUGUUCUUAACUCAUUAACGGCCAUUUUGAGCCAGAAAUCACGUGGGGAAAUAAAGCAAAUAGAAUCCGGCGGCCGGCCAUGUUGAAACAGAAUAUGUUGAACAGGGACGGAUUUGACUGAAAAGUUAACAUUGAUUGAUCAUAGUUCGCAUAUGCACUUGCUAAAUGACAGUAAAAUGACUUUUUGCUUCUUAUGAUUCUCUUUCAAAAAUGUUUUGUCCUGCUUUUCAU